CGACGCGGUCGUGUUGGACUCGCUUUCGCUCGAAUACGUGAUUGUCAGUGCUACGGAUUUGUUUUCUGUGCUAUGGAGUUGUGUAUCUGAAGUUCUUUCGUGUAGUUUUGAUGGAAAUUCUUGAAUUAUGAUCAGAAGAUAGUGCGUAACAUUAUGUGAGAUUGAGCUACCAUAAUGGAUAGAGUAGCUGUGGUGACUUCGAUUUUGGGACUUUUUUGUCUAGGAACACUCGAAGGUGGCCUAAGCGAUGACUAUAUGGGCAGCGGCGAAGCACCUUACAUCAUCGAGCAACCUCUUGACGUGACGGUCGCUCGCCACCAGCCAGCCACUCUGAACUGCCGCGCUGGUGGCUCGCCCACUCCCACCAUAAGGUGGUACAAGGGUGGUAUUCUGGUGGUAUCGGAUACGCAUAGGAGUCUUCUACCAGCUGGGGGAUUGUUCUUCCUGAGAGCGACGCACGGCAGAGCUCACUCCGACGCGGGAGUCUACUGGUGCGAAGCUACCAACUCCUACGGCACUGCUAGAAGUCGGAACGCUACACUUCAUGUUGCAGUUCUUCGCGAAGAGUUCCGGCUAGAACCAGUGACGACACAGACGGCACAAGGAGAGACCGUCAUUCUCGAAUGUUCUCCGCCGAGAGGCUCCCCUGAACCAACGGUGUAUUGGAAGAAAAACGGCCAAAUUCUACAUUUCGAUAGUGAUUCCAGGACUCAUUUAGUAGAUGGUGGCAGUCUUGUUAUACAAGAUGCGCGGCAAUCUGAUGCAGGUCGAUAUCAGUGUGUGGCGAGAAACGCGGCCGGGACGAGAGAAUCUGCGGUUGCUACGCUCAAAAUCCACAUUAAGCCGUACUUAAUAUCUGGCCCCGAGGACAUAAUAGCUCAAACGGGAGGCAGCGUCACGUUCCAGUGUCGAGUGGGCGGGGAUCCCCUCCCCGACGUGUUCUGGCGGCGGACGGCCGGCGGUCGGAACAUGCCACUCGAGCGCGUCAAAGUUCUAGACGACAGGAGCCUCAGACUCGACAACGUGAUUCUAGACGACGAGGGGGAGUACACUUGCGAGGCCGGCAACACCGUCGGCACCGUCAGCGGCAGCGGAUUUUUGACGAUCUAUGAUCCACCAUGGGUUAUUCUAAAACCAAAUUUAGUGACAGUGGAAAGUGGAUCGAGCACCACGUUCACUUGUAAAGCAUCUGGCAAACCUGAGCCAACUAUCUACUGGAGUUUGGAAGGCAACAGAACGAUCAUAAUGCCGGGAACGUCGAAGGGAAAAUAUCACGCUUCGCCCGUAGUCGAUGGCGUCACUGUCCUGACAAUAAACGACACAAACAAAAACAACAGCGGCAGCACAAUAGUCUGUUCGGCGGUCAACUUUGCGGGCAGCUCGUUCGUUCGAGGGAAACUCAGUGUGACGUCGGACGACGACCGGCCGCCGCCAAUCAUAACGAGCGGGCCCUCGAAUCAAACGCUACCUCUAAAAUCGAUUGCAGUUUUCCCCUGCACCGCCAUCGGCACACCUGACCCGAUCGUCGCAUGGUAUUUCGAAGGGGAGGCGCUGAUACAAAAUAGUCGAAGAAAUAUUUCUAGUGACGGAACGCUCAUGUUGAGAGAUUUAGAUAAAGUCGACAGCGGCACGUACACGUGUGUUGCGUCUAAUCACCACGGGAAGUACGUUUGGAGCGGAAAAUUGCUCGUCGAUAGCCCGACGAAUCCGAACAUUCAUUUCUUCCGAGCCGCCGACGUGUCGGCUCUACCCGGCCCGCCGACUAAGCCGCAGAUACAUAAUAUCACCGAGACUAGUGUCACUCUGAGUUGGAACCAAAACAACAAGAUAGGAUCGUCGUCGAUAUUAGGAUAUCAAGUCGAAGUGUUCUCGAGAGAGAGCCUCUCGGGUAACAAUACACCUCGAAAUUCACAAGGAUGGGUCGUGGUUUCUAAAAGAGUACAUCAAACACAUUACGUAGUGAAGUCUCUUGUUCCAGGAAUAACUUACAUGUUUAUAGUUCGAGCGGAAAACUCUCAUGGGUUGUCUGGCCCGAGCGCGCUAUCGGAUCCCAUUACGAUCGGCGAAGAAACUGACUCCGUGUGGGAUAGCGGGCUAUUCUCUAAUAAUACAGAGUACCGUAAAAAUAUUAUGACCGACAACAUCGUGGAGCUCAUUGAAGCCACGCCCAUAGAUUCCAAAACUAUAAAGCUCAUGUGGGAAAUACUUAACUUCUUCCAUUUGGAGGGGCUCUUCAUAUACUUUAGACCGCUAGACAACGUAACGGUCGAGUACGAGAUGAAAACUAUUUUGCACUCCAACGAUGUAUCCGGCUAUGAAAUUACUUCGCUGAGAAAAUACACCCAGUACGAAUUCUUCUUAGUGCCGUUUUACAAGAAAUUCGAGGGGAAGCCUUCAAAUAUGCGGAACGCACAGACUUUGGAUGAUGUUCCCGACGGUCCACCUACGAAUAUUGAAAUGUUUAUCGUUAACGGAACAACGGUUCAUUUAAAAUGGCAGCCACCGGAGCCCCAUUUACAAAAUGGUGCUAUAAUUGGAUACAACGUUGUACUAAAUUGGUUAGACAUACCGGCGAAUAAAUCAAUGGUCGCGAUUAAUACGACUGUCCAUCAAGCGACGAGUUUGAUUAUGACUAAUUUAACCUCCGGAGUGAGCUACUCCGUCCAAAUCGCAGCGGAGACGAUAGUCGGCUUGGGCCCUUUCAGCCAAAAAGUCUACUUGAAUAUCGACUCCAGGUUGAUCGGAUUAGAUCCGUUGUUGAGAUAUCCCAUUAAUGGGGAAGUAUCGAUAGUCGCCGGGGAUUUCGUAAUGGAAACGUGGUUCUAUUUCCUGAUUGCCGCCAUUGUACUCUUCAAAAUAAUUAUGAUUGGCGGCAUAAUUUAUAUCAGAAAACACAAUAUUUUCUCCAAAAAGUCUGCUCUUCCGAACAUCUACGAUUCUAACGGAACGAGUCUAGUCACUCAGAUGAAUAUAAAAGCGGCCGUGUCGCUAUCCCAUCCGCUGACUAGCUGCUACAACAAGAAUACGGUGACGAAAACAGAAUCACUGCUCUGGAUGGAAAAUCAGCCUGGGCUGUGCUUGUCCGGGAGCCAAACGGGCCACAGCAAGGAGAAAGCUAAUUCCGAAUACGACAAAGUAACACAUCCCUUACCCGAAUAUGCGGAGGUAACCUCAUCUAGAGUGACUGGGAACGAAUGGAACACAAGCAAAACCGCAACCUCGCCCGCAGCUUACGCGUCGGUGACUCUCGUAGCUAACACCAGGCAGUGUGUUAGUUCACUUGGCUGGUUUCCACCUGGUAGCAAACUCGUUGAUACUAGUGCUGAAAACCGUUAUCCGCCUGAUGAGGAGCUUUAUCCUGCGAGUAAUGGGGGGUAUUAUAACAGGAACGUUUACAGCGAGAAAUACUUCCAAGGUCAUCCCAACGUUCUCAAAUUUUACGAUUUGCCCUCCUUGGAGCGAACACAAAAGGCCCAAUUAAGGUAUAAUCAAAGUUUGGAAGAGAGGAAAAAUAAAGAAUUGAAGGCGGACGCCACACAAUCGCUAAUCGGUCGUAGCUACGGCGUGAGUUCGAGGAAAAAUUCCGAGUCCGAAGCGACUUAUCGCGCGUUCGGAGAUGACGAAUCGGAGGAUGAGAACUACGGCGACGACGGUGGUUACGACGAGCUCCAAGCGAUGCAGGUCCAACGCCAGAGGCCUAAGCACCAGUACGAGCGGCCUAAUUUGAAUUUUGACAACGAAGACCGAGGCCUCGGUCGGCUGACGUCGUUUAGACACGGGCAAAGCGCGACCGGAAGUCAGGUGCCCCUCGCCCCGUCCCACCCUCCCCCGGCACCGAACCCGCGCGUGGACUCCAUCACGCGGUAGUAUCACGCCCUGCCGAUCUUCGGCGACCUGUGCCAAACGGACGUUUGAACGUGAAACUCGCACCCGAGUGUAGUGAUUGUGCUUAUAUCACGGUUCUUCCUAGUAGUCUAUCUGUGUACUGAAUUGAUUUCCAAAGUAUUUAAAAAUGUUUAUCGGAGGCUUCUCAUCUCAAGACUGUUAAAGUGUUUCGAUGGCGUGACUGAAUGUAUCCGCGAAUGACAGUGUAUUGUACUAGCUAGUCCUUUGUAAAUUUAUGUAUAUUUGUAAAUAUAAUAGUCGUUAGUAGGUUUGUCUGAUUGAUGAAAUUUCUAAAUUCUAUAUCUGAUGGAGAUGUAUCGCCGAUACUCGAUACAGAUGUGGUCCGUCUACUUAGUAUCGGUAACGAAUUUGUAACCCUAUAUCACUAGUCUAAGUGCGCGAAACUGAAAGAACGCUUGGCAAUAAUUUGUAUAACUGUACCGUGUAGUGUAAAUAACGUUAUUUAGAUAAAUAUCGUGAAUCCUGGAUAUUAUUCGAAUCGAAAUACUACGAUAAUAUUAUUGUAAACUAGCGUUUCAUUUGUAACAUUGGUAUGACAAAUAAUAUCUCGUAGUUGUUUAUUUACGUGCCAUAUACGUCUAAAACUAAGAAAUUCGGAGUUGUGAAAUCGAAAUGUAUUAUCUACGUAAGUUAAUGUGAUAAUAUGAGUUAUAUAGCCACUUGUUAUACAUUGUUUAGAGCACGUAUCAUUGCAUAUCAAAGCGGUGCGAUUCGUCCCACGCCAGUUUGUUCCAUUGGGCACCUUCGCGCAUUAUGUAAUAAAAUUCUAGCCGAAAUUUUCCCAUUGGGACGAAUAGACCUGGUACGUAAAGCGAUCCCGCGAAACGUAUGUUACAGUGCAAUUUCUAAAUUUAGAAAUAUUUCAUGGUAGUAGAACAAACUUUCAUUUUAAUAUAAUCGCA